CUUAGACAUUGAGGUACCCAACAGAUAACGUUAUUAGCUUCAUAAUAAAAGCCUUUUUUUAAAGACAAUUUACGCCAGUGAAACUCUUGGAUUUUUUAACGAGAAAUAAAGAAGGAAUGAUACUCUUCUGCUGCUAGCUUUCAUUCUGUUUUUGAAGUCAUGUCUUUCCACCAGGAUCGGGGGAGUCCCAGGGGGCCUCCAGGCCAUCACGGCCCCGCACAAAACUACCGUCCCACCAACAUGAGACCACCCCCUCCCCAGCCACCUGUUCCCCAGUACCACUAUGACCCUCAGGCCCCUCCCGGCUCAAGCUACCAUGGAAACAGCGGCUACAUGCCUCCACACUCUGACUUCAUGCAGUAUCCUCCACCAGCACCGUCCCACACCCCGAAUUCUCUCAACCAGUGCCCUGUGCGCCCACCUUUCCCCAAGCCCCCUCUCCGGCAGGGCUUCCCUGAACCACCGCCUAACUUUCCCCCUCCUCCCCUCCCCAGCUCCACAGGUGGUCCCACAUCAGGGUCUUCUCAGAAUGCCUACCACCCUUACAUGAUGCCUCCUGUGCCCCCACCACCAGUACCUCACCAAUCCAUGCCACCUCCUAUAGCUUCUCAAUCGAUGGGAUACCACCCUCCAUACUCCAUGAACUACCCCCAUCCUCCUCACCCCCCUUUCCCUCCUCCCACCUUCAGCCCCGGCUACAAUCAGAGCCCCAACUCGUUCAAACCGGACCACAGCUUCAGACAAGGGCCGCAGUACAAGUAUGAGAAGCCCAUGGACAACAGGAGGUCUCCAGAGAGAGGGUAUCGCCCGGAGGAGCACAGGCAGAAGGGCUUCGGCUACCAUGGUGACAGGCACAAAAUGGAAAUCCCUGCAGAGAGGAAGGAGCGUGUGAGGAGUCCGGACAGGCGAGGCAGGCCGGAGGGGGGGCGGCACAGGUCUGAGUAUGACAGAGGACGUGCUUCACCCGGACACAGGGGCAGGGACCGCAGCAGGGAGCGGUAUCGUCACAGAGAGAGUCGGAGAUCCCAGUCACCUGACCGGCACAGGAAGAGGCCUAGAAGUCGUUCCACGAGCAGAGACCGUAAGCGUGGCCGCUGGGAAGACGAGAGGGACAGAAGGUCAGAGAGCACGUCCGGCCCGAGCAGAGAGCGCAGCUACUCGUCCGCCAGGAGCCGAGACUCUGAGGAGACGUUCACUGACAGGGAGCGAGAGCGGGAGAAGGAGCGGGACAGAGAGAAGGAGAAGGAGAAAGAGAAAGGGGAGGACGAGAAAGAAGAGGAAGCACAGCUGAAACCUGCCUGGAUCCGCUGCACACACGCAGAGAACUACUACUCCAACGACCCCAUGGACCAAGUGGGGGACUCCACUGUGGUGGGGACCAGUAAACUGCGGGAGCUGUACGAGCGCUUCGAGGAGGAGCUGGGCAAGAGGCAGGAGAGGGCGAAGGCUGUCCGGCCCAUGUGGGACCCCCCGAAGACCAAGCUGGACGAAGACCCAGGUGGGCAGACCUGCAAAACUAAAGACAGCAGCAGUGAGUCAGACUGUGAGUCGGACGGGGAAGGAAGCACCUGCUCCAGCAGCUCUGACUCAGACGUUUUUGAUGUCAUCGCUGAGAUCAAGAGAAAGAAGGCUCAUCCUGACCGGCUGCACGAGGAGCUGUGGUACAACGACCCCGGGCAGAUGAAUGAUGGUCCCCUGUGUAAGUGCAGUGCCAAGGCCAGACGUACAGGGAUCCGCCACAGCAUCUACCCGGGGGAGGAGCCUGUGAAACAUUGUCGCCCAAUGAACAACAAUUCGGGAAAACUGUACCACUACAGGAUCACCGUGUCUCCUCCCACCAACUUCCUGACUGACAGGCCUACAGUGAUCGAGUACGACGACCACGAGUAUCUGUUCGAAGGCUUCUCCGUUUUCUCUCACACUCCUCUCACUAACAUCCCAUUGUGCCGUGUGAUCCGCUUCAACAUAGAUUACACCAUUCACUUCAUAGAGGAGAUGACACCGGAGAACUACUGUGUCCGAGGCCUGGAGCUGUUUGCCGCCUACUUAUUCCAGGACAUGCUCGAGCUGUAUGACUGGAACCUGACAGGUCCAGAGUUUGAGGCUGCUGGAUGCCAACGGUUCCAUUUCAUGCCCCGCUUUGUCCGGUUCCUACCAGAUGGGGGGAAGGAGGUGCUGUCCAUGCAUCAGGUGCUGCUCUACCUGCUCCGCAGCAGCAAGCCGCUGGUCCCCGAGGAGGAGAUCGCAGACAUGCUGCAGUGGGAGGAGCUGGCGUGGCAGAAAUAUGCGGAGGAGUGCAAGGGCAUGAUCGUCACCAACCCGGGCAUGAAACCGAGCUCGGUGCGCAUCGACCAACUGGACAGGGAGCAGUUCAACCCGGAUGUCAUCACCUUCCCCAUCAUUGUGCAUUUUGGGAUCCGGCCUGCUCAGCUCAGCUACGCUGGGGACCCUCAGUACCAGAAGCUGUGGAAGAGCUACGUCAAACUACGCCACCUGCUGGCCAACAGCCCCAAGGUCAAGCAGAUUGACAAGCAGAAGCUGACGCAGAGAGAGGAAGCUCUUCAGAAGAUCCGUCAGAAGAACACCAUGCGCCGCGAGGUGACAGUGGAGCUCAGCAGCCAGGGCUUCUGGAAGACCGGCAUCCGCUCCGACGUCUGUCAGCACGCCAUGAUGCUGCCUGUUCUCACCCAUCACAUCCGCUACCACCAGUGUCUGAUGCACCUGGAUGAUCUGAUCGGCUACGUCUUCAAGGAACGCUGCCUCCUCCAGCUGGCCAUGACUCACCCCAGUCACCACCUGAACUUCGGUAUGAAUCCUGAUCACGCCCGCAAUUCCCUCUCCAACUGUGGCAUCCGCCAGCCCAAGUACGGAGACAGGAAGGUCCACCACAUGUACAUGAGGAAGAAAGGAAUCAACACAUUGAUUAACAUCAUGUCUCGGCUGGGGCAGGAUGACCCCUCCCCCUCCAGGAUCAAUCACAACGAGCGACUGGAGUUCCUGGGUGACGCCGUAGUGGAGUUCCUCACCAGUGUCCACUUGUACUACUUGUUUCCCACUUUGGAGGAGGGCGGACUGGCCACCUACAGAACAGCCAUCGUGCAGAACCAGCACCUAGCCAUGCUGGCCAAGAAACUGGAGUUAGAUCGCUUCAUGCUCUACGCUCACGGACCCGAUCUGUGCCGGGAGUCGGACCUGCGGCACGCCAUGGCCAACUGCUUUGAGGCUCUUAUCGGUGCUGUGUAUUUGGAAGGAGGCUUGGAGGAAUCCCGGCAGCUCUUUGGAAGACUACUUUUCAACACACAGGGUCUACAGGAGGUCUGGCUCAACUACCCAGCACACCCCCUGCAGGUCCAGGAGCCUCUAACGGACAGGCAGCUAAUUGAGACGUCUCCCGUCCUUCAGAAACUGACGAACUUCGAGGACUGUAUCGGCAUUUUGUUCACACAUGUGCGUCUACUGGCCAGAGCCUUCACUUUGAGGACUGUGGGCUUCAACCACCUCACCCUGGGCCACAACCAGAGGAUGGAGUUCCUCGGAGACUCUAUCAUGCAGCUGGUGGCUACAGAGUAUCUCUUCAUCCACUUCCCUGACCACCACGAAGGACAUUUAACACUUCUCCGCAGUUCCCUGGUGAACAACCGCACGCAGGCCAAAGUGGCUGAGGAGCUGGGCAUGCAGGAUUUCGCCAUCACCAACGACAAAACCAAGCGUCCCGUGGCACUGCGGACCAAGACUCUGGCUGACUUGUUGGAGUCUUUCAUCGCAGCGCUGUACAUCGACAAAGAUCUGGAGUAUGUGCACACCUUCAUGAAUGUCUGCUUUUUCCCUCGGCUGAAGGAAUUUAUUCUCAACCAGGACUGGAACGACCCAAAGUCCCAGCUGCAGCAGUGCUGUUUGACCCUGAGGACGGAGGGCAAGGAGCCUGACAUCCCUCUGUACAAGACCCUGCAGACGGUGGGGCCCUCUCACGCCCGCACCUACACCGUCGCUGUGUAUUUCAAAGGGGAGCGGAUCGGCUGCGGCAAAGGCCCAAGCAUCCAACAGGCGGAAAUGGGAGCUGCGAUGGAUGCGCUCGAAAAAUAUAACUUCCCACAGAUGGCUCAUCAGAAGCGCUUCAUCGAGCGGAAAUACAGACAGGAGCUGAAGGAGAUGAGACGAGAGCGGGAGCGGCAGGAGAAGGAUACCGACGAGCCGGAGGAAAGCAGGAAGUGACAGCAUCUUAUUCCGUCGGCCAAUCAGGAGCAGUGCCCACAUGUAGGAGCUCUGAGUGCAGAUGUGGCUGCUGUCCAAACAAGAGCUGGCAAAAGGCAGCCACGAUAGUUUGGUAAUGAUGAUGAACUGUUUCCUAAGUUCUCCACUAACACGAGAGGACUCAGGUGAGGAGUGGCUGGGACUCUUAACCCGGAGAUUUAGGGGGAACUCGUGCAGGAUUUUCUUAAAGUGGAACAGAAGCAAACGGAAUUAGAAGUGAAGCAACACCCUGUGAUGUUUGAUGCUGUUUAGUCCUGUAGCACUGUGAAAGGGCCUUAUGUUGUCUUAUGUUCAUGUUUGUCGCUUAUCUUUAAAUAUUGAGAUGACUUUUAAAUCCUUAUAAACAGCAGAGGCUCACAAUGUUACUAACAAAUGGGGAAAAAAGCUAACAGGUUUUUAAAAAAAGCAUGUAGUGCUAAUUAAACCAUUAAAUAUAAUAUUGUAAAUAAAGUUUCAGAUCAACAGUC